AAUUCUGAAGGUAUGGUAUAUGUCACCCUCCUCUUAAAUUUUUUUUUAGUUUAUUAAUAAAAUUUAACAAGAUAGUAGUUGGUGAUGUCAAAAUUUCCAGCAUUAAAAAGAAAGAAAGAAAGAACACCAAUAGAACAAAAGAAAUAUAGAACCCUGCCUGUUGCACCCAAUGGUCCCCUUGUUUCGACGCCCUUGACAUCUGGUUCCUUUUGUUAGCCAUUCUUCUCAAGUGAAGAAAAGAAGACGAUGAUGAGGGCCUGGAAAUGCACUUCUUCUUCUUCUUCUGCUCUGCAAUUGCGUCUCCUUCUACUUGGUAACUCCUUCUCUCUGUCUCCUCCUAUUUUCGUUUCUUCUUUCCAAUACCCAUUUUUCUCUACCUCUUCCCCCCGUUUCAACAAAUGCAAGUAUGUGUUUCACAAAAUUGAUGAUGCCUUGGAUUUGUUCAAUCAUAUGCUUCGUACCCAUCCCCGCCCUUGUAUUGUUGAAUUUACUCAAGUACUUGGUGCGAUUGUUAGAAUGAAGCAUUAUGAAACUGCUGUUUCUCUGUCGAGACAAAUGGAUUUUUUUGGAAUCAGACAUGAUGUUUAUACUUUCAACAUUUUGCUUAAUUGUUUUUCCCGCUUGCAUCGUACGGAUUUUGGGUUUUCGCUUUUAGGAAAAAUGUUGAAACUGGGUAUUCAACCCAAUAUUAUCACAUUUACCACCCUGGUCAAUGGCUUGUGUUUUGAAGGUAAAAUAGCUCAAGCAGUGAUGUUGUUUGAUGAGAUUGUGAGGAAUGGUUACCAACCUAAUUUGAUUACUCAUAAUACCAUAAUAAAUGGUCUUUGUAAAGUAGGCUACACUACUGGGGCUAUUAGAUUGUUAAGGAACAUGGAACGAAGUGGCUGUCUACCUGACAUUGUGACAUACAACACAAUAAUUGACAGUCUUUGUAAGGACAAGCUUGUAGCUGAGGCUUUAAACCUUUUGUCUGAAAUGACAGGUAAAGGCAUUUUGUCAGAUGUUGUGACUUAUAGUUGUUUAAUUCAUGCUAUGUGUAAUUUAGGCCAAUGGAAGGAAGUUAUGAGAUUAUUGACAGAAAUGGUUGCUAACAAUUGCAAACUAGAUGUUGUCUCUUAUAGUAUAUUGGUUGAUGCAUUUUGUAAAGAAGGGAGGGUUUCAGAGGCUCGUGAUAUUGUCGAGGUAAUGAUUCAACAGGGUGUUGAUCUUGAUACUAUUACAUAUACUACAUUGAUGGAUGGAUAUUCUCUGCAAGGCAAAAUGGAUGAGGCUAGAAAGGUUCUUAAUUUGAUGAUUACUAAGGGUUGUGUACCUAAUGUUUGUAGUUACAACAUCAUGGUCAAUGGAUUUUGUAAAUUGCAAAAGAUUGAUGAGGCCAAGGAACUCUUUGAUGAAAUGUCUCGAAAUGGAGUAGUUCCUAGCACUGUUACUUACACUGCUCUUAUAAACGGCAUGUGCCAAGUAGGGAGACUUGGGGCAGCACGGGAACUUUACAAAGAAAUGAGUGCUCGCGGCCGCGUUCCAAACACGGUGACUUACUCUACUUUGUUGCAUGGCUUAUGCAAGCACGGUCAUGUUCAUGAGGCAGUGGAACUUUUUCAUGUUAUGCAGAGCAAUGGGAUAGAAGCUAAUAUUGUCCACUAUAGUAUCUUAAUUGAUGGCUUAUGUCAAGUUGGGCAACUCAAUGUUGCAAGGAAAUUAUUUUGUGCACUGCCCGUCAAAGGGUUACACCCUAAUGUUUACACUUUCAAUAUCAUGAUCAAAGGACUUUGUAAAGAAGGGUUACCAAAUGAAGCAUAUGAUUUGUUCAGGAAAAUGGAACUGAAUGGUUGCUCGCUAGAUAGUUGUUCUUACAACACAAUGAUCAAAGGAUUUUUCCAAAACAACGAGGUGUCCAGAGCAGUGCAAAUUUUACAUGAGAUGGUUGGUAAAGGAUUUUCUGCAGAUUCUUCGACAGCAACAAUGGUAGUGGAUCUAUUGUGUAGAAAUGGAGGAGAUCAAUCUAUUCUUGAGCUGCUUCCUAGAAACUCUGAAGAUAGAUCAAAACGUCAACAUGAUAUGACUUGUUAUCCAUCAAACAAAAAUUCUACUCUAAAAGCUUUUCUAUGCUGCAAAGAAUUCUUGUAGCCAUAAUUAAGUUCUCCUGAAAUCACUUUUCUUGAAAUUGAGGAAGAAGGCAAUGUUUGUCACCUCUAUUUGUUUUGGUACUGCUGCUAGGUUGUGGUGGGUGGUAAGCAAUUUUCAUCUGCAGAAAAUAUAAAGAGGGGCCUUAUUCCUAAUACCAUUUGUUUCAUGCUCUUUACCCUACUUGACAUAUCGGGAACAAUGGUAGAUUCAUAAGAGCUUGUUUCCAAUAUCAAUUGGUUCAUAUGAGGUCAUUGUAAAUUUACCAAUUUCUCAGCUUU